CAUGCUUUUUGCUGCAUCCAGCGCGCGAGCUCGUAACGCGCUCUGGCUGUAGGCGGCGGGCCCAGCUGUCCAGCAAUACGCCACUGCUGCAGCGCCGCCACCCAUCACACUGCUACAGCCUACAGCUGCAAUAUCAGCCAUCAGUCUCGAUUGGCCUGCUCGAUUGGCCUGCCCCACUAGUGCACUGAAGAACGAUCACUAGGGCAGGACGAUGCGACCCCUCUGGGCCACAUGCCUGGCAGCCGCGGCCGCUCUCCAGACAUGCAAAGUCCAGGACCUCGCGACCCGAAGAGUAGCGGGCGCCCUCCUCGCGCCCUUCGGCGGCCGCGCGGGCGCCGCGCACGAGCUCGUCGCCGUGCGCGGCGUCGACGAAACAGGAGAACCAAUAGCGGGCCUCUGCGACGCAGCGACCAUAGGCGCCACGGUCCCGCUCACGGUCUCCGUCCCGAAACCGCUGGCGCCGCUGUGCAUCCUCACAACUAUCGAAUGCGCCGCCGCGUUGGCCACCGAAGGACUCAAAGCUACGCCAGAAACCGUCACGUUACUCGGCGCCACGCCCGAGGCCCUAGCGGCGUGCGAGCUCCUCACGAGUCUCGGCGCGGACGUGACGGUCGUGACUCCGCGAAGAAACGGCGACGACGACGCCUACGCCGCCGGCGCGGCCAUGGCCUUCCACCCGGCGGCGCUCGACGACGACGACGACGAGGACUACGGGUUGGUCCUGGAUUAUGUCGGAGAUGAAGGUAGUAGAAAGGGCUACGUCUCUUGUACUUUAUUUGACGCCAGGCACGCGCAGGACUGGGGCCUAGGGGAACAAAGGCCGCCAGCCAUCGCGUUCGAUCCUGUCGUGGCGCGGAUCGAAAAGGCUUUGAAUGAGGCGCCCGCGGAUGUCCUGGAGGAAGCGCCCUCCGUUUCCAAAGAAUUUUUUAAUCCAAUUAAGGCGGCCGCAUCUUUAGCGAUCGGCGAAGCCGCAGAGGCGUACGGCGAGGCGCUGGGCUGGCCGGCCGACGGCGAGACGCGCAAGCGCUUCGGGAUCGAUUUGCUCGCGCCCUCGCUCGGCGCCGUGAGCUUCGAUGUUCUAGACGAAGCGUUAGAUAGUGGCGACUACGAUGAUGACAUCGAGGUGGACGAGGUGCCCUCAUCUCCCGAUAGUGUCGCGGGCGACGCCGUCGUCUUUAUCACGGCCAAGUUCUGCAACUCGUGUCGACGGAUGGACCCCCACUUCCGGCGCAUGCAGCAGUCGUUCAACGGAGUGCGCUUUUUGAGAGUUGAUUCGACGACGGAUCGAUCCUUCGCGGAACAGGCCGGCGUCGACAGCACGCCGACCUUCCUCCUCUACAAAGAUUCUACAAGAGUAGCGACGGUCGGGACCGCCUCUCCCACAUUGUUGAGGAGGAAUCUGGAGGAUAAUUUCACUUAGCCAG